AUGCUCCCUUUUAUAUGGUAUGUAACUAUAUAUGGAUUACAAAGAGCUUUCAAAAGGAAAUAUAAAAAAUAAUUCAAUGACUGUGCCUGUGAUCGACUGGUGUUUUAUACUAUUCCUACUAGACUGUAAAGUGUCCCUGAAAGGAAAAGGGGGAACCACAGUGUUGCGCGCUAACUUGACUCUCAAGUAGAUUUAGCAAGAUAAAUGAUUGAUCUGUCACUAUUUUAGUGGCCUUUUUAAAUAAUAAGAGGGCAGUGUUCUUUGGAGUGUUGCUAUGUGUUUUUAGCACUUUCUAAACUGCUGUGAAAAUUGUCUCACACACGUGUUGUCGCACGCACACCCACACACACACACACGCACUCCCCACACACACACACACACACACACACACACACACACUCCCACACACCCACACACCCACACACACACGCACUCCCACACACACACGCGCUUCCUCCCCCUGAGUCAGUGUUGAGAGAGCUAAUACUCAUGCUUUGAUGCCACCUGUAUAUCAGUGUGUGAAGUAAACGCAUGCUUUGAUGCCACCUGUAUAUCAGUGUGUGAAGUAAACGCAGGCUUUGCCACUAACAUCCACAUCCACUAGUGCAGAGCAGAGUGAAUACAGCUUCAGGCAGAGCACGGCGGCAGAGCACCCAGACUCCUCUCGUCUCGGUGAGUCUAGAACAAUGACUGGAGUGUGGCUCACACAGUCACUUUCUAUCCAACACCAAAGCACAAGAGUGUGUAUUGGAAAACACACUCACAUACUCAUUGUAGGUCUUAUAAUUGCGCGCUGUUUGUUCACCCGCACCCGCCCGCAGUUGCUAAUAACCCUUCCGCAAACCACCCGACUAUAGGUGAUACAUUUAAAAUCUGAGGCCCGCACCCAACCCUAAACCGCAAAUAUAGAAAAUGUGCUAUAGGCUACAGUCAAAGACUGCAGAACGGUUUUUUGACAGGGGGUGCAGUAUUUUUUUUGCCUGAUUUAGAUAUGUUUCUGCUUAUAAUUUCCAACAUUUUGGUAGGCUAUUUGUUAAUCAACUUGUCUAUAAUUAGAUACAUGUAGCUUCUCUUUUGUCAUUAUAUGUUUCCCUAGAAUAAUAAAUAAACCCUUGCUCAACAGAAUAAUGUAAUAGAUUGAUAUAGUUAAUGAUUCAAUCUAGUUGACAUCAGUAAAGUUCUCUCUGUCAUCUUUCGUGAAGCAAAGACAUCAGCAGUACGCACUAGUAGCGUGUCAAUCGGUGACGUCACUUGCUCUGCAAAGGCUGAGGUUUUAGUGGAGCAAUAGGGAACAAAGCUUCAUGGGUAACUGUUGUCGAUGUGUGCAGAGGGUCCUGGUUCGAGUCCAGGUUGGGGUAAGGAAAGGGACGGAAGCAAGACUGUUAGGUGCGUGUGUGAACGUGAGUGGGUGCGCAUGUAAGUGUGUGUAUCCCUUUGAGAAUUUCACUCUAUUAACAGCAUGCAUACAGAAGUUGAAGGGUUCUUCUUGCCAAUCCUUGUCCUAAGAGGUUCUUAUCCUCUUAGAGCAUUUAUUAACACUUCACUCUGACUCUUCAGACAUUCACUAGGAGCCGUGGAGAAGAGCGAGAGAAGAUAGAUCAGCUAGGUGCAGGCUCCUUAUCGCUGCCAGGGCCUGCUAUCUGCUAUUCCCAAUGGUGUCAUUAGUUUAGUAAAAUACUGCAGAAUUUACUCUCCCCUUUGGCUGUUAUAUCAAUGUUUCUAACUGUUUCUCCCCCCCUCUCCUUCUCUCUCUCUUUCAGAGGAAAUAAAGGAGGAGUCUGAAAAAUUAAGGUAAGUUGAUUUUAAUUAAGUUUCACAUAAAUAUAUCCUGGUUAAAUCCCGCGUGAAUAUUUUAAAGAUCUGGAGAGUCCCCUGCUGAUUAAAAGACCCAUAAGUUUAAUAAAUUGUGACAAUAAAAUAAUAACAAAGCUCAUAAGCAAUAGAAUGGCAAAAGUCUUACCAGACUUAAUACAUAUCAAUCAAACAAGGUUUAUUAAAAAAAGACACUUACAAACAAAUACAAAAACAUGUUUCAGUUUAAUACAAUACACAAAAAAAACAAGAUAUAGAUGUAUCUAUAAUGGCUGUUGUGAAUGGCCUUUUCUAAAAACUUUCCAGCUGAAAUAAUACAUUUAAUAAAAAUAUUAUAAAUAUCCUAAAGCAAAAAUAUACACAAAUAAUACAUUAUCUGAUGAAAUUGCUUUAGAAAGGGGCACAAGACAAGGAUGUCCUCUCUCCCCCCUCCUGUUUGCACUGGCAAUUGAACCUCUUACAGAAAGAAUUAGACAGGACCCAAAUGUAACAGGUAUCAGUAUUGGUAAACAUGAAUGUAAACUAAACUUAUUUGCAGACGAUCUCCUGAUAUACAUGACCAAUAUUGAAAAUUCAAUGCCCGCCUUGCCCCAUAUGGCUGCGCACAAAUGGCCCAGCAUCGUCCGGUGUAGGCCGUCAUUUUAAAUAAGAAUUUGUUCUUAACUGACUUGCCUAGUUAAAUAAAGGUUAAAAAAAAAUAUAUAUAUAUAUAUAUACAGUGGGGGAAAAAAAGUAUUUAGUCAGCCACCAAUUGUGCAAGUUCUCCCACUUAAAAAGAUGAGAGAGGCCUGUAAUUUUCAUCAUAGGUACACGUCAACUAUGACAGACAAAUUGAGGAAAAAAAAUCCAGAAAAUCACAUUGUAGGAUUUUUAAUGAAUUUAUUUGCAAAUUAUGGUGGAAAUUAAGUAUUUGGUCACCUACAAACAAGCAAGAUUUCUGGCUCUCACAGACCUGUAACUUCUUCUUUAAGAGGCUCCUCUGUCCUCCACUCGUUACCUGUAUUAAUGGCACCUGUUUGAACUUGUUAUCAGUAUAAAAGACACCUGUCCACAACCUCAAACAGUCACACUCCAAACUCCACUAUGGCCAAGACCAAAGAGCUGUCAAAGGACACCAGAAACAAAAGUGUAGACCUGCACCAGGCUGGGAAGACUGAAUCUGCAAUAGGUAAGCAGCUUGGUUUGAAGAAAUCAACUGUGGGAGCAAUUAUUAGGAAAUGGAAGACAUACAAGACCACUGAUAAUCUCCCUCGAUCUGGGGCUCCACGCAAGAUCUCAUCCCGUGGGGUCAAAAUGAUCACAAGAACGGUGAGCAAAAAUCCCAGAACCACACGGGGGGACCUAGUGAAUGACCUGCAGAGAGCUGGGACCAAAGUAACAAAGCCUACCAUCAGUAACACACUACGCCGCCAGGGACUCAAAUCCUGCAGUGCCAGACGUGUCCCCCUGCUUAAGCCAGUACAUGUCCAGGCCCGUCUGAAGUUUGCUAGAGUGCAUUUGGAUGAUCCAGAAGAGGAUUGGGAGAAUGUCAUAUGGUCAGAUGAAACCAAAAUAGAACUUUUUGGUAAAAACUCAACUCGUCGUGUUUGGAGGACAAAGAAUGCUGAGUUGCAUCCAAAGAACACCAUACCUACUGUGAAGCAUGGGGGUGGAAACAUCAUGCUUUGGAGCUGUUUUUCUGCAAAGGGACCAGGACGACUGAUCCGUGUAAAGGAAAGAAUGAAUGGGGCCAUGUAUCGUGAGAUUUUGAGUGAAAACCUCCUUCCAUCAGCAAGGGCAUUGAAGAUGAAACGUGGCUGGGUCUUUCAGCAUGACAAUGAUCCCAAACACACCGCCCAGGCAACGAAGGAGUGGCUUCGUAAGAAGCAUUUCAAGGUCCUGGAGUGGCCUUGCCAGUCUCCAGAUCUCAACCCCAUAGAAAAUCUUUGGAGGGAGUUGAAAGUCUGUGUUGCCCAGCGACAGCCCCAAAACAUCACUGCUCUAGAGGAAUUCUGCAUGGAGGAAUGGGCCAAAAUACCAGCAACAGUGUGUGAAAACCUUGUGAAGACUUACAGAAAACGUUUGACCUGUGUCAUUACAAACAAAGGGUAUAUAACAAAGUAUUGAGAAACUUUUGUUAUUGACCAAAUACUUAUUUUCCACCAUAAUUUGCAAAUAAAUUCAUUAAAAAUCCUACAAUGUGAUUUUCUGGAUUUUUUUUCUCAUUUUGUCUGUCAUAGUUGACGUGUACCUAUGAUGAAAAUUACAGGCCUCUCUCAUCUUUUUAAGUGGGAGAACUUGCACAAUUGGUGGCUGACUAAAUACUUUUUUUCCCCAUUGUAUAUAUUUUCAGAAUACUUAAAAAUCUCAGGAUAGAAAAAUUAACGUGGAAAAAAACGAAAUAAUGGCAAUAGGAAAAAUAAAAAGAAUAACUCAUGAUCUCUACAGCAAUCCUUUAUGUAGACCACAAAAUAUAUCAAAUACUUAGAAUCCACUACCGGUCAAAGGUUUUAGAACACCUACUCAUUCAAGGGUUUUUCUUUAUUUUUACUAUGUUCUACAUUGUAGAAUAAUAGUGAAGACAUCAAAACUAUGAAAUAACACAUAUGGAAUCAUGUAGUAACCAAAAUAGUGUUAAACAAAUCAAAAUAUAUUUUAUAUUUGAGAUUCUUCAAAUAGUCACCUUUUGCCUUCAUGACAGCUUUGCACACUCUUGGCAUUCUCUCAACCAGCUUCAUGAGGUAGUCACCUGGAAUGCAUUUCAAUUACAGGUGUAAUACAGAAAAUAGGGGGGGGGGGUGUAAUACUGAAAAUAGCCCUAUUUGGUAAAAGACCAAGUCCAUAUAAUGGCAAGAACAGCUGAAAUAAGCAAAGAGAAACGACAGUCCAUCAUUACUUUAAGACAUGAAGGUCAAUCAAUACAGAACUUUGAAAGUUUCUUUAAGUGUAGUCGCAAAACCCAUCAAACGCUAUAAUGAAACUCUCAUGAGGACCGCCACAGGAAUGGAAGACCCAGAGUUACCUCUGCUGCAGAGUAUAAGUUCAUUAGAGUUACCAGCCUCAGAAAUUGCAGCCCAAAUAAAUGCUUCACAGAGUUCAAGUCACAGACAUAUCUCAACAUCAACUGUUCAGAGGGGACUGUGUGAAUCAGGCCUUCAUGAUCAAAUUGCUGCAAAGAAACCACUACUAAAGGACACCAAUAAGAAGAAGAGACUUGCUUGGGCCAAGAAACAUGAGCAAUGGAUAUUAGACCGGUGGAAAUGUGUCCUUUGGUCUGGAGUCCAAAUUGGAGAUUUUUGGUUCCAACCGCCUUGUCUUUGUGAGACGCGGUGUGGGUGAACAGAUGAUCAACGCAUGUGUAUUUCUCGCCGUAAAGCAUGGAGAUGGAGGUGUGAUGGUGUGGGUGUGCUUUGCUGGUAACACUGUCUGUGAUUUAUUUAGAAUUCAAGGCACACUUAACCAGCAUGGCUACCACAGCAUUCUGCAGCGAUACGCCAUCCCAUCUGGUUUGGGCUUAGUGGGGCUAUCAUUUGUUUUUCAACAGGACAAUGACCCAACACACCUGCAGGCUGUGUAAGGGCUAUUUUACCUAGAAGGAGAGUGAUGGAGUCCUGCAUCACAUGACCUGGCCUCCACAACCCCCCGACCUCAACCAAAUUGAGAUGGUUUGGGAUAAGUCGGACCGCAAAGUGAAGGAAAAGCAGCCAACAAGUGCUCAGCAUAUGUGGGAACUCCUUCAAGACUGUUGGAAAAGCAUUCCAAGUGAAGCUGGUUGAGAGAAUGCCAAGAGUGUGCAAAGCUGUCAUCAAGGCAAAGGUUGGCUAUUUGAAGAAUCUUAAAUAUUGUGACGAGUACUGAGGAUACGAAGAGGCAGGACGCAGACGCAGGAAUCAACAAUGUAAAGGUUUACUUAACACUGAGCAAGAGAACAACAAAGAGCGAGUACACGACAUGACACUAACAAUCACACACAACACAACACUGAACAGUCCAGGGCUGUAUAGGGGUGGUGAUGAGGUGCAGGUGCGCUGGAGGUGAUUAUGGUGCGUUGGGUUUCCAUUCCGGUGUUGCCGAGGUGGUGCGCUCAGACCGGUGGCUCAGUAGACCGGCGAAUCAGAGCGCUGGAGGGGAGCAACGGGAGGAGACGUGACAAAUAUAAACAAAUCCAAAUAUAUUUUAACACUUUUUUUGGUUACUACAUGAUUCCAUAUGUGUUAUUUCAUAGUUUUGAUGUCUUCACUAUUAUUCUACAAUGUAGAAAAUAGUAAUAAUAAAGAAAAAUACUUGAAUGAGUAGGUGUUCUAAAACUUUUGACCGGUAGUGUAUAAAGGUAACUUUAUCCCAUUGCUCAACAAUAUUAAAGCAGAUCUAAUUAAAUGGAACCAUUUUCCCAUAAAUCUUACAGGUAGAAUAAAUCUCUUCAGAAUGGCAUGGCUCUGAAAGUUUUUAGAUUUAUUCUCGGUAAUACCAAUUACCCUACCGAAGACGUUCAUUAAAAAAGUAUACUUGGUCAUAAGACUUUAUAUGGGAAAAUAAAACUCAUAGAACACAAAGGAAAGUUUUACAUCUUCCUAAGUCAGAGGGUGGUUUUAACCUUCCAGACUUUGUAUCACUCGCCACCCAGGGCAUUUACCGGUACUUGCGACAUAUUGUUAAAUGUACUAAAGAGGAACAAUGGGUACAUAUUGAAGAUGUGCAUGCUCAUCCCCAGAAUCUUGUUACGUGUCUAAGGAUAAAGCUAAGAACAUUAACAACUUCAUAGUUAAGAACGCUAUAACAAUAUGGAAGAAAAUUAAACGUAUUCUACAAGAACCAAUAUCAAUCCCUAAAAACACAACCCUAUUGAACAAUCCUUGGAUAGCUUUUCAGAAUUCACAGAUAAAUUGGUCCACAUGGAAAACUAAAGACAUAGAAAACCGUAAAUGACUUAGUAAUAGGAAAUACAUUUAUUUCCAUGACAGAAUUAAAAAGCAAUUGUAGAUAUGAUGAAACGCAUGCAACUUAAACGUUUCAUAUCAAGAAAUGUAUUGAUUUGAGAGAGCCCAUUCAGCUGACACUCUUAGGAGAAAAAAAAGAAACUACUGGAUAUUGGCACAAGGUGGAGGGAAUGUUGGAACAUAACUAACGGAUCUACAGUAAACUUAAAUGUACACUUAAUCCAGUAUAAACUAAUGUAUAGAAUUGAUUAUACAAGAGACAAAAUUCAGAAAUUCUACAGCACAACGGCAGAGUCAUGUCUGAAGUGUAAAACUAACAGUGAUUCAAUAAUCCAUGCCUUCUGGGGAUGCUAUAAAGUCCAAAGGUUAUGGGCGGAGCUAGAAAGUUGGCUGUCAGAAGUGUUAAAAUGUAAAUUUACUUUUAAUCCGUCUGUCUGCAUAUUUCAAGACAUGGUAUAUGAGGGUGGAGUGAAAUACCCGAUGGGUUGGACGAUACUUUUCUCGUCAAUCAUCUUGAAAAAACGUAUACUUACAAACUGGAAAUCAACAAAUCCUCCAUCAUAAACACAAUGGAAAGGUGAAAUGAUUUAUUAUCUAAAUGUUGAACGUGCAUGGGCGACGGAGAGAAACAAAAUGGUGCAGUUUGAGGCCAUGUGGUGGAGAGUGAUGCAGGCACUAGAGAUGGGGGUGUGUGCAGGUGGGUCCGGGCAGGGGUGAUGUUGUGGAUGUUUGUGUGCGUCUGUAUGUUGUCGUUUGUAUGUGGAUGUUUUGUAUUGUAAACAAAAAUUCAAAUAAAUAAUAUCUUACAAAAGAAAAAUAAAUACAUCCUGGUUAAUUUAGGUGAUUUUCUUGUUUCCUUUUGCUUGCCCUUGAGUUCAGUAUAAAGGGUGUGUGUGUGUGUGUGUGGCCUCCAGUGUGUUUUUGUUUGUCUCAGCCUGGUCUACUUCUAAAAGCUAUUCUCCCUGUCAUUAAUGGACCCCUGCCUAGUGCCUGGCUCUAGCCUGGGAGGGAGAGAGAGAUUUCUAUUUUUUAUUAGGAUCCCCAUUAGCCGACGCCAAUGGUGACAGCUAGACUUACAGGGGUCUGACACAGAGAAAAAGACAUUACAGACAAAAUACUACCAUUUACAUACAUUAACAUGUAGUGUGUGUGUUUGUGUCUGUAUUUAACAGUUACACAUACAUGUCAGUACAUACACUCAAAGUAGGCUAGCUUUCGCCUGGGAGAGGGAGAGUUUGCGUGUAAGUUUGUGUUUGUGGAGCUUUGCUGCCUGGUAACUGGGUCAGUGGAAUGAAAUGUACCAUGAGUGCCACUCCUUUCCCUCCCUCUCUCUUUCUCUCUCCCCCUCGAGAAUCCCACAGCAGGACUGGAUGAUCAGGGCUGGAUCAGCAUGUUCUAUGUGCCAGCUCUGCUAGCUCAGCCCAAACGAGACCCCUGUGGUCGGUGAGGGGGUGGGUAGAGGGAGGUGGUAGAGAAACUGUCUGUGUCCAAAUACCCAUACUAGCGUACUACAUACUUAAACUGCAUACUAUGUACCAGAGGUUUGGACUCAAGUCUGACUCGAGUCACAAAUUUGAUGACUUGACUUGAUAGAAAAUAAAACAACUUGAGACUUGACUUAAACUCAGGACUCGAUUUAGAUUUGAAACUAAUGAAUUGAAAUUAUCUGGCCAGAUUUUGUAACGUUUUGUCAAUCAUUUUGUGGCACAUAGUCUCUGUGGAUUAGGCUACUCUUCAUGCAGCCAGAGACAGUAUCUCACUUGCAAAAAAAAUACUGAUUGGCUAGUGAAACGAUUGGACCAGCAAACUGUCAAUCAACAUAAGUUGGAUGACCUACAGUAGCGCAGUGAGAAGGUUUUUGGGGGGUCGCAAAUGUGAAAUUGCAUGGGGAAAAUACAUACAAAAUUCAUACAUAUUUUAAUAGGCUAGAUAUAACCUAUAAUUUGUAUUUUAUAUUUAUGCCUUUGUUUAUUCGAUCUGGUUACUAUCAUAGGCCUACGGCAUUGCACCAAAUUCUUGUAAUCUGUGCUUCAGAACCAAAAACUUGCGCGUCUUGACUGUUGACCGAUGACCAGUCAUCCAGAUUAGUGACCAGAAAGCACUUGUUUAAUUUUCUCCGGUUUUGCCUGGCAAAAGCAAAGUAGCCUACCUACGUUAAUAUUAUCCAUAUCAAAUUCAGUUUAGCAAUCUGCUACGGACUCAUCUUCGCCAGAACAAUAGGCUGGUGAUUUCAUUGAUCAUUUCAGGUAUGUCUAGUUUUUGUGGGUUAUAAUUAUAUGCCUCAGUGGUGGUACUGUAUGUCUAAAGAGAGCUGUAACAUGUACCUAUGGGAUGAAGGCGUAACAUAUUCUGGAAAAUUAUUUACGAUAUUUGUGAGAAAGAAAAAUAGAAAAAUACAGACAGAUCAUGCUUUCCAUCCAAUCCUGCAACCCCCGCUGCAUACAGGUAGGCUGUAUGAUCCUGCAGGCUCUGGACUCCAGAGAAGUCAAAAUGUGACAUGUUAUCCCUAGUUGAUGUAGACUCAAAAUGAAGGUGUAAAACGCAGUUUAUUUCUGUAUCUUGCUUUUUGAAAAUGCAUCACCUGUGUGCAAACAGAUUGCUGAUUUGCUGUACAGCGAUAGAAUCGGUGCAGCGCAAACGUCAAAUUGUAGGGAGAGAGGACUGACAUAAAUAAAUAUGCAGCUAAAGAAUUGUUUGGUGAUCAAGAAUAUUAAUUGUUUACUUUGCAUGCUCACCAGCAAUGGGGCAUCAAGCAACAAUUACUAGUAUAGGUCUUUGGUAUGUCAAAAUUGCUUGAAAUGGAUAAUUGAGUUAUGAAGCUUGCAUUUGGAAUUUGUUGUUAACAUUUAUUGUUACAUAAUCAAAAUGUGUUGUAGACAAAACAAUGAAAAGGGCUGUCUGGUUCCUCAAUAAAUAGGCAAAGAUUUUGUGAUCUUGGUACUACAGUGCAUUCGGAAAAUAUUCAUACCCCUUUAAUUUUUUCCACAUUUUGUUACGUUACAGCCUUAUUCUGAAAUGGAUUAAAUAUUAAAAUGUCCUCAUCAUUCUACACACAAUACCCCAUAAUGACAAAGCGAAAAAACAGUUUUUUUGAUUUUUUUGCAAAUGUAUAAAAAAUAAAAAACAGAUACCUUAUUUACAUAAGUAUUCAGACCCUUUGCUAUGAGACUCAAAAUUGAGCUCAGGUGCAUCCUGUUUCCAUUGAUAAUCCUUGAGAUGUUGCUACAAAUUGAUAGGAGUCCACCUUUGGUAAAUUCAAUUGAUUGGACAUGAUUUGUAAAGGCACACACCUGUCUAUAUAAGGUCCCACAGUUGACAGUGCAUGUCAGAGCAAAAACCAAGCCAUGAGGUUGAAGGAAUUGUCCGUAGAGCUCCGAGACAGGAUUGUGUCAAGGCACAGUUCUGGGGAAGUGUACCAAAAAUUGCCUACAGCAUUGAAGGUCCCCAAGAACACAGUGGCAUCCAUCAUUCUUAAAUGGAAGAAGUUUGGAACCACCAAGACUCUUCCUAGAGCUGGCCGCCCGGCCAAACUGCGCAAUCGGGGGAGAAGGGCCUUGGUCAGGGAUGUGACCAAGAACACGAUGGUCACUCUGACAGAGCUCCAGAGUUCCUCUGUGGAGAUGGGAAAACCUUCCAGAAGGACAACCAUCUCUGCAGCACUCCACCAAUCAGGCCUUUAUGGUAGAGUGGCCAGACGGAAGCCACUCCUCAGUAAAAGGCACAUGACAGCCCGCUUGGAGUUUGUCAAAAGGCACCUAAACCAGGUAAGCCAGUUGAGAACAAGUUCUCAUUUACAACUGCGACCUGGCCAAGAUAAAGCAAAGCUAUGCGAUAAAAACAACAACCAGAGUUACAUAUGGGGUAAAACAAAACAAAGUCAAAAAUACAACAGAAAAUAUAUAUACAGUGUGUGCAAAUGUAGCAAGUUAUGGAGGUAAGGCAAUAAAUAGGCCAUAGUGCAAAAUAAUUACAAUUAGUAUUAACACUGGAAUGAUAGAUGUGCAAGAGAUGAUGUGCAAAUAGAGAUAAUGGGGUGCAAAUGAGCAAAAUAAAUAACAAUAUGGGGAUGAGGUAGUUGGGUGGGCUAAUUUCAGAUGGGCUGUGUACAGGUGCAGUGAUCGGUAAGGUGCUCUGACAACUGAUGCUUAAAGUUAGUGAGGGAGAUACAGUGGGGGAAAAAAGUAUUUAGUCAGCCACCAAUUGUGCAAGUUCUCCCACUUAAAAAGAUGAGAGAGGCCUGUAAUUUUCAUCAUAGGUACACGUCAACUAUGACAGACAAAUUGAGGAAAAAAAUCCAGAAAAUCACAUUGUAGGAUUUUUAAUGAAUUUAUUUGCAAAUUAUGGUGGAAAAUAAGUAUUUGGUCACCUACAAACAAGCAAGAUUUCUGGCUCUCACAGACCUGUAACUUCUUCUUUAAGAGGCUCCUCUGUCCUCCACUCAUUACCUGUAUUAAUGGCACCUGUUUGAACUUGUUAUCAGUAUAAAAGACACCUGUCCACAACCUCAAACAGUCACACUCCAAACUCCACUAUGGCCAAGACCAAAGAGCUGUCAAAGGACACCAGAAACAAAAUUGUAGACCUGCACCAGGCUGGGAAGACUGAAUCUGCAAUAGGUAAGCAGCUUGGUUUGAAGAAAUCAACUGUGGGAGCAAUUAUUAGGAAAUGGAAGACAUACAAGACCACUGAUAAUCUCCCUCGAUCUGGGGCUCCACGCAAGAUCUCACCCCGUGGGGUCAAAAUGAUCACAAGAACGGUGAGCAAAAAUCCCAGAACCACACGGGGGGACCUAGUGAAUGACCUGCAGAGAGCUGGGACCAAAGUAACAAAGCCUACCAUCAGUAACACACUACGCCGCCAGGGACUCAAAUCCUGCAGUGCCAGACGUGUCCCCCUGCUUAAGCCAGCACAUGUCCAGGCCCGUCUGAAGUUUGCUAGAGUGCAUUUGGAUGAUCCAGAAGAGGAUUGGGAGAAUGUCAUAUGGUCAGAUGAAACCAAAAUAUAACUUUUUGGUAAAAACUCAACUCGUCGUGUUUGGAGGACAAAGAAUGCUGAGUUGCAUCCAAAGAACACCAUACCUACUGUGAAGCAUGGGGGUGGAAACAUCAUGCUUUGGGGCUGUUUUUCUGCAACGGGACCAGGACGACUGAUCCGUGUAAAGGAAAGAAUGAAUGGGGCCAUGUAUCGUGAUAUUUUGAGUGAAAACCUCCUUCCAUCAGCAAGGGCAUUGAAGAUGAAACGUGGCUGGGUCUUUCAGCAUGACAAUGAUCCCAAACACACCGCCUGGGCAACGAAGGAGUGGCUUCGUAAGAAGCAUUUCAAGGUCCUGGAGUGGCCUCGACAGUCUCCAGAUCUCAACCCCAUAGAAAAUCUUUGGAGGGAUUUGAAAGUCCGUGUUGCCCAGCGACAUCCCCAAAACAUAACUGCUCUAGAGGAGAUCUGCAUGGAGGAAUGGGCCAAAAUACCAGCAACAGUGUGUGAAAACCUUGUGAAGACUUACAGAAAACGUUUGACCUGUGUCAUUGCCAACAAAGGGUAUAUAACAAAGUAUUGAGAAACUUUUGUUAUUGACCAAAUACUUAUUUUCCACCAUCAUUUGCAAAUAAAUUCAUUAAAAAUCCUACAAUGUGAUUUUCUGGAUUUUCUUUUCUCAUUUUGUCUGUCAUAGUUGACGUGUACCUAUGAUGAAAAUUACAGGCCUCUCUCAUCUUUUUAAGUGGGAGAACUUGCACAAUUGGUGGCUGACUAAAUACUUUUUUUCCCCACUGUAAAGUAUAGAUCGAUUUUCGAAACGUUGCAUACUAUUAAACAUUCUUUUUUUCGCAUACUCAAACGGCCUACUAAGAUUUGGGUAUUCAGACACGGGUAUUUGGGUAUUUAAGCUUCCUCUCACAAAUGCCCUGCCCAAAUUGUCUUUAGGUGGGGGAGGAGUGAGUGAAGUAGGGAAUUUAUAUACAGACACCUUACCCAACCUUUCGCAAAGCUGCCCUGGCCUUCGGGUUUUAGAAAAGUACUAAAAAUCACCCAUAGCAUCACUUAUUCCCAAGGAUCUUCUGUAAGCCAAAAGGUGUCAACAAUUGUAGAAGCAGAAGCAACGCUAGCUGAAAAUCUAGUGUUAGCAUUCUAGUCUCCAUAGAUGCUUAACCCCAUUUGAUGUAAAUUAUGAAUAUGAGCAGGCUAAUCCUGUAUGUUGCUUAUUAGAGGGGAGAACGCAUGCUAAGCAGGGAGGGACACAGUGACUCAUGACUCAUAGAAUUAGCAGAAGUAGAAUGGACAUUUCCAUUCAAAACAACAUUGUUGCAUCGUCUCUCAAAAUUCUGUACGCUUCCUCUUCUCCUCCUUUUCCCCUCUGUCUCUCUGUGUCUCUCUCUCUCUCUUUCUCUCUGUCCUUUCUCUCUCUCUUUCUCUGUCCUUUCUUUCACUCUCUCACUCUCUCUCUCUCUCUGUCCUUCUCGUUCUCUGUCCUCUCUCUCUCGGUCCUCUCUCUCUCUCUCUCUCUCUCUCUCUCUCUCUCUGUCUCUAUCCCGUGUCCCACUGCACUCUGCGAGGUAAUCACUCAAAAGAAGCUGAAGUCAUCCUUUCUCUCUGCCAAGACACAAACAACACAGUCUUCACCCCCCCCCCCCCCCCCCCCCCCCCUUCUUCCUCCGUCCUUGGCUCAGAGCUCCGUACAGUCUGGGUGUGGUUGUUCUGAUCUAUAAUGUUUUAGCCUACAGCUAAGGACCCCUGGUUUAGAUCUACACUGAGGGAAAAAAGUAUUUGAUCCCCUGCUGAUCAGUCUAUAAUUUUAAUGGUAGGUUUGUUUGAACAGUGAGAGACAGAAUAACAACAACAAAAUCCAGAAAUACGCAUGUCAAAAAUUUUAUAAAUUGAUUUGCAUUUUAAUUAGGGAAAUAAGUAUUUGACCCCCUCUCAAUCAGAAAGAUUUCUGGCUCCCAGGUGUCUUUUAAAGACACCUGUCCACAGAAGCAAUCAAUCAAUCAGAUUCCAAACUCUCCACCAUGGCUAAGACCAAAGAGCUCUCCAAGGAUGUCAGGGACAAGAUUGUAGACCUACACAAUGGGCUACAAGACCAUCGCCAAGCAGCUUGGUGAGAAGGUGACAACAGUUGGUGCGAUUAUUCACAAAUGGAAGAAACACAAAAUAACUGUCAAUCUCCUUCGGCCUGGGGCUCCAUGCAAGAUCUCACCUCGUGGAGUUGCAAUGAUCAUGAGAACGGUGAGGAAUCAGCCCAGAACUACACGGGAGGAUCUUGUCAAUGAUCUCAAGGCAGCUGGGACCAUAGUCACCAAGAAAACAAUUGGUAACACACUACGCCGUGAAGAACUGAAAUCAUGCAGCGCCCGCAAGGUCCCCCUGCUCAAGAAAGCACAUAUACAGGGCCGUCUGAAGUUUGCCAAUGAACAUCUGAUUGAUUCAGAGGAGAACUGGGUGAAAGUGUUGUGGUCAGAUGAGACCAAAAUCGAGCUCUUUGGCAUCAUCUCAACUCGCCGUGUUUGGAGGAGGAGGAAUGCUGUCUAUGACCCCAAGAACACCAUCUCCACCGUCAAACAUGGAGGUGGAAACAUUAUGCUUUGGGGGUGUUUUUCUGCUAAACCUUAAUGACUUGGAGAUCUGCAAAGAGGAGUGGAACAAAAUCCCUCCUGAGAUGUGUGCAAACCUGGUGGCCAACUACAAGAAACGUCUGACCUCUGUGAUUGCCAACAAGGGUUUUUCCAUCAAGUACUAAGUCAUGUUUUGCAGAGGGGUCAAAUACUUAUUUCCCUCAUUAAAAUGCAAAUCACUUUAUAUCAUUUUUGACAUGCGUUUUUCUGGAUUUUGUUGUUGUUAUUCUGUCUCUCAUUGUUCAAAUAAACCUACCAUUAAAAUUAUAGACUGAUCAUGUCUUUGUCAGUGGGCAAACAUACAAAAUCAGCAGGGGAUCAAAUACUUUUUUGCCUCACUGUAUAAUGUGUUAACCUACAGCUAAGGACCCCUGGUUUAGAUCUAUAAUGUGUUAACCUACAGCUAAGGACCCCUGGUUUAGAUCUAUAAUGUGUUAACCUACAGCUAAGGACCCCUGGUAUAGAUCUAUAAUGUGUUAACCUACAGCUAAGGACCCCUGGUAUAGAUCUAUAAUGUGUUAACCUACAGCUAAGGACCCCUGGUUUAGAUCUAUAAUGUUUUAGCCUACAGCUAAGAACCCCUGGUUUAGAUCUAUAAUGCGUUAACCUACAGCUAAGGACCCCUGGUAUAGAUCUAUAAUGUGUUAACCUACAGCUAAGGACCCCUGGUUUAGAUCUAUAAUGUGUUAACCUACAGCUAAGGACCCCUGGUUUAGAUCUAUAAUGUUUUAGCCUACAGCUAAGAACCCCUGGUUUAGAUCUAUAAUGUUUUAGCCUACAGCUAAGGACCCCUGGUUUAGAUCUAUAAUGUGUUAACCUACAGCUAAGGACCCCUGGUUUAGAUCUAUAAUGUUUUAGCCUACAGCUAAGGACCCCUGGUUUAGAUCUAUAAUGUGUUAACCUACAGCUAAGGACCCCUGGUUUAGAUCUAUAAUGUGUUAACCUACAGCUAAGGACCCCUGGUUUAGAUCUAUAAUGUGUUAACCUACAACUAAGGACCCCUGGUUUAGAUCUAUAAUGUGUUAACCUACAGCUAAGGACCCCUGGUUUAGAUCUACGAUCCAUAAAGACAAACAGCACUCACAAAUAUGGCUUUACCCUUGGUUUUAUUCCUUAGCAACAGUAACAAGGAUGUGAUUUUGGCCACAAAGGCUUUCGACAGCAUAAAGACACACUCGACAGAGCAGAGAGCAUUAUUAUCAGGUGUAUGACAUCGUGGAUCUCUUCUCCUAAAAUAGAUGACUGGUAGAUUAAUUGCAGCCCCCUUUCUUUAUAAGAGUUAUUAGCUGCUUACAGUGUAUCAAAUUGAGCUGCAUAAAGAACAUGCAUAAAGCCAUUAACAGUACACUGCCAGUAGUGUGUUAGCCUCUGCUGAGUCCCCAACAACCGGAUAUUCCGGUUUUCAGGGGAAAUGGAAAGCGAUUUCCGCUUUUGGAUGUUAACAAGGCGACACUCCAUCUUAACUCCUCCUCCACAUUUGCUGGAUUGGUUGAACAGUGAAGAAGAGUUUUUUGUUCUUAGAUUUUAGAUUUUAGUCAUUUAGCAGACACUCUUAUCCAGAGCGCCUUACAGUUAGUGAGUGCAUACAUUUUCAUACUGGCCCCCCGUGGGAAUCGAACCCACAACCCUGGCGUUGCAAGCUCCAUGCUCUAUCAACUGAGCUACAGGGGACUUCUCAUCAAGACCAGUAUGUAAGGGAUCCAGUUUCUUUUGCGCCUGCUACAUUAUGUUAGUAGUGUGUGAUUGGUAGAAUAAAGACUGCUUAAGAUGUGGGAUAUGUUUUUAUUAUGACAGAAUAUGUACUAUGAUCUUGGUUUAAUUUUUUAUUUGUCUCUCCAGUCCUCCUCCAGACAGCAAAUCAGAUUCCAGCACUCUUCCGCCAAUCAAAUCAAAGACCAGCUUCGUAGAGGCCGACAAGUAUUUCCUGCCGUUUGAGUUGGCAUGUCAGUCCAAAUGUCCCCGCAUCGUCAUUACAUCACUAGACUGUUUACAGGUCAGUAGCAGAGGAGGUCAGGACGUGAACCCUGUGUGUCUAAAACUGUCUAGGCUGCAUGUUUCUGACCAUCACCGUAAUGAUAUGUCAAAACAAAUAUGGUAAUUUGGUUAAGGACUAUAUUGAUAUUAAAUUAUACAUACGGUUUGGAGUCAUCUAAAGUUAUUUCAGUUUCAGUGCAAUUUCUAACUGGAAUUUGACGUUGACCUGAAAUAAAGAAAUGUUGUAUUUACAUAGAAAGUUCAGUGACACUGGUUCAUAGUGCAGUUCAUGAGGAUAUGGGGUGUUUUCUGAAUGGAAUUCACAAGUUGUGUUUAUCUAAUCUCUGUAAAAUCUUGCGUAAUUUGGUCAGUGAUUAACUUCUGGGUCUAUACGUGUUAGAAAUUGAGAGCUCACACUUGCAAAAGGAAACUCAGCCAAAGACAGUGUUUAUCUGUUGUUCUGUGUGUUUGGUGUUUGUCCUGUAGAAGCUGAUAGCGUACGGCCACCUGACAGGCAGCGGUCCAGACAGCACGGCCCCCGGCAAAAAGCUCAUCGACAGGAUCAUCGAGACCAUCUGUGGCUGCUUCCAGGGACCACAGACAGAUGAGGGGGUGCAGCUACAGAUCAUUAAGGUUGGCCUCUGCGGUUGUUUGGUCUGCAAGAAAGUGUGUUUUGGAUAUUGUGUGUUCUGCUGUUGGAUUCUAUGCUUGCCUGCAUGGUGAUUAUUUAGAAUAUAGAAUUGUGUUAUAUCUGUUUAUACCAUGGUAUUGUUGAAUUCUUGUUUCUGAUUGGCUUGAAGGGCAUUCUAGAGCGUGCAUUAUUUCCCUAUAACGCACAGUAUAUUUGCACGGUAGAAUUCAAUGGCUAUAGUUCAUUCUUACGUGUUCUAUGUUUGAGCUGCUUUUAAGAGCAAAAGUGUAAUUCAAAACAUUAUUGGCAUUGUUGAAUUUGAUUUUCAUAAUAGCAAGCUAGGACUGAUGGUUUGGUUAGCUGAACUAGCAAGUCUGUUUGUUUGAAAAACAGCCCCAGACCAUUAUUCCUCCUCCACCAAACUUUACAGUUGGCACUAUGCAUUCGGACAGGUAGCGUUCUGCUGGCAUCCGUCAAACCCAGAUUUGUCCGUUGGACUGCCAGAUGGUGAAGCGUGAUUCAUCACUCCAGAGCUCCAGAGUCUAAUGGCGGCGAGCUUUACACCACUCCAGCUGACGCUUGGCAUUGCGCAUGGUGAUCUUAAGCUUGUGAGGCUGCUCGGCCAUGGAGACCCAUUUCAUGAAGAUGCUGACGUUGCUUCCAGAGGCAGUUUGGAACUCGGUAGUGAGUGUUGCAACCGAGGACAGACGAUCUUUACGUGCUACGCGCUUCAGCACUCGGUGGUCCUGUUCUGUGAGCUUGUGUGGCCUACCAUUUGCGGCUGAGGUGUUGUUGCUCCUAGAAGUUUCCACUUCACAAUAACAGCACUUACAGUUGACCGGGGAAGCUCUAGCAGGGAAGAAAUUUGACGAACUGACUUGUUGGAAAGGUGGCAUCCUGUGACGGUGUCACGUUGAAAGUCACUGAGCUCUUCAGUAAGGCCAUUCUACUGUCAAUGUUUGUCUAUGGGGAUUGCAUGGCUGUGUACUCGAUUUAUACACCUGUCAGCAACGGGUGUGGCUGAAAUAGCCGAAUCCACUAAUUUGAAGGGGUGUCCACAUACUUUUAUAUAUAUAGUGUAUCUAGUAAACCAGCUAGCUGAACACAUAGCCAUGGUAUAAAAAGGAUAAUCAACUCGGGGCUCUAUGCGUUCUCGGGAAAAUAAUACAACUCUGUGGAAGGUCAGUUCCACUCUGCUACACUCUAAAAAGUAAAGGUUCCUGGAGGAUCCUUUAGGGGUUCUUCAAAUUGAAACUGUUGGGGAACCCCUAUAAGUUCUUCGAAGAACCCUUUAAAACUUUUAAUGGAUCCUCAAAUAACCUUUUGAAUAACCUUUUGGGGUUAAUUUUUUAACUACCCCCCUAUUAUUAUUAAUUAAUAAUAUUAAUAAUAAUACGCAUAACAAUAACAACAAUAACAUAAUAUUUUAGUUGUCAGUGGUUGUUAUGAUUUUAGUGGCAAAGCAGAAUAAAAAAAUCAAAAUAUGAGGUCAACUCCCAGCAGAGCCCCAAGUCCAAUGUGUAUUUCCUCUGGUGUGUUGAUGUUCUCCGUAUCCAUAGCCAUAAUGAUUUUGCAGUGUAUGGUGAUCAAACAGGUUUCCUGUUAUAUUCAUCAGAUGUGUAGGGAGGGUGAAGUCUGUGAAUCCAAAAAAUAGUAAUUAUACAGAUGUUUAACAAAACAUGCACACAACAGUAUUCAUACAGUGGGGAAAAAAAGUAUUCAGUCAGCCACCAAUUGUGCAAGUUCUCCCACUUAAAAAGAUGAGAGGCCUGUAAUUUUCAUCAUAGGUACACGUCAACUAUGACAGACAAAAUGAGGGAAAAAAAUCCAGAAAAUCACAUUGUAGGAUUUUUAAUGAAUUUAUUUGCAAAUUAUGGUGGAAAAUAAGUAUUUGGUCACCUACAAACAAGCAAGAUUUCUGGCUCUCACAGACCUGUAACUUCUUCUUUAAGAGGCUCCUCUGUCCUCCACUCGUUACCUGUAUUAAUGGCACCUGUUUGAACUUGUUAUCAGUAUAAAAGACACCUGUCCACAACCUCAAACAGUCACACUCCAAACUCCACUAUGGCCAAGACCAAAGAGCUGUCAAAGGACACCAGAAACAAAAUUGUAGACCUGCACCAGGCUGGGAAGACUGAAUCUGCAAUAGGUAAGCAGCUUGGUUUGAAGAAAUCAACUGUGGGAGCAAUUAUUAGGAAAUGGAAGACAUACAAGACCACUGAUAAUCUCCCUCGAUCUGGGGCUCCACGCAAGAUCUCACCCCGUGGGGUCAAAAUGAUCACAAGAACGGUGAGCAAAAAUCCCAGAACCACACGGGGGGACCUAGUGAAUGACCUGCAGAGAGCUGGGACCAAAGUAACAAAGCCUACCAUCAGUAACACACUACGCCGCCAGGGACUCAAAUCCUGCAGUGCCAGACGUGUCUCCCUGCUUAAGCCAGUACAUGUCCAGGCCCGUCUGAAGUUUGCUAGAGUGCAUUUGGAUGAUCCAGAAGAGGAUUUGGAGAAUGUCAUAUGGUCAGAUGAAACCAAAAUACAACUUUUUGGUAAAAAACUCAACUCGUCGUGUUUGGAGGACAAAGAAUGCUGAGUUGCAUCCAAAGAACACCAUACCUACUGUGAAGCAUGGGGGUGGAAACAUCAUGCUUGGGGCUGUUUUUUCUGCAAAGGGAUCAGGACGACUUGAUCCGUGUAAAGGAAAGAAUGAAUGGGGCCAUGUAUCGUGAGAUUUUGAGUGAAAACCUCCUUCCAUCAGCAAGGGCAUUGAAGAUGAAAUGUGGCUGGGUCUUUCAGCAUGACAAUGAUCCCAACACAACCGCCCCGGGCAACGAAGGAGUGGCUUCGUAAGAAGCAUUUCAAGGUCCUGCAGUGGCCUAGCCAGUCUCCAGAUCUCAACCUCAUAGAAAAUCUUUGGAGGGAGUUGAAAGUCCGUGUUGCCCAGCGACAGCCCCAAAACAUCACUGCUCUAGAGGAGAUCUGCAUGGAGGAAUGGGCCAAAAUACCAGCAACAGUGUGUGAAAACCUUGUGAAGACUUACAGAAAACGUUUGACCUGUGUCAUUGCCAACAAAGGGUAUAUAACAAAGUAUUGAGAAACUUUUGUUAUUGACCAAAUACCGUAAUUUUCGGACUGUAAGCCGCGCCUUUUUUCCAAUUUUUAGACCCUGCGGCUUAUAUAACGGUGCGGCUAAUCUAUGGAUUUUUACAGCUAACGGCCACUAGAAGACCUCCUAAAUCUAUGGAUUUUACAGGUUACAGUCCACCAACUUUAACUCUAUGGGCUCUAUGACCGGUCCGCGCCCCCCACCUUUAAGCGGCGGGCUCCAGCAGGAAAAGCUGGAGGCCGGAAAAGAGUGAGACAGGUAGCGCGCAAAAGUAAAAGUGGAACCGAGAGUGGUACGAGAGAGAGAACGAGAGACAGAACGAGAGCAAGACAGACAGACAUUACGAGAGCGAGACAGUUUGUCUCUUUCCCGACAAUCCCCUCUGUGCACGAACCCUUACAUAUGGUAAUUAAACAUUAAAACACCUGCGGCUUAUAGUCCAGUGCGGCUUAUAUAUGUACACAUCAUUCAAUAUCAUUCAAUUUAGCUGCUGCGGCUUAUACUCCGGUGCGCCUUAUAUUGCGGAAAAUACGGUACUUAUUUUCCACCAUAAUUUGCAAAUAAAUUCAUUAAAAAUCCUACAAUGUGAUUUUCUGGAUUUUUUUCUUCUAAUUUUGUCUGCCAUAGUUGACGUGUACCUAUGAUGAAAAUUACAGGCCUCUGUCAUCUUUUUAAGUUGGAGAACAUGCACAAUUGGUGGCUGACUAAAUACUUUUUUUCCCCACUGUACCUUGGUUUUUGUGGUAAAUGUGAAUGAAAAAAACUGUUUUGAUAAUGGUUUUCAUACACAUACCUUGUCCAUAAUGUAGAGGCCUAUGGGAUUUUCAUUGAAGAGGUAAGGGAGGAGGAUGGUGCAUGUGAUCUGAAUAACAUACCAAUACCAAUUGACAUACCUUUUUAUGCCUCCUCGUCUGCAUACCUGCAGACACAAAAGUGAGCAGUUCAUUCAUCUGCACCCAAUACAGCUAGCCUUCAACAUAUUCUUAUUACAUACAUAUUCUUACCUCUUUGUUUAUUGAUAUCCAUUGAAUUAUGUCAAUUUUCUGCACAAAUAUGAAAAGAUAGAUGGUAUCAUCAUAAAACAUAACAAAUAUCAGUUUAGAUCAUACAAGGGACAAACCUUACCUUCAAUUGAGGAGAUCUUUAAAAAAUGUAGUUAAGUGCCUGCACCUGCUGUCCUUUAAAAUCCAAAUGUUUCAGUUGGGCAGUUAGGUUCCUGCAAGAACCCCCACCAACUAAGGAGGUUCCUCGAUGAAUGCCACCUCCUAUGGGGUUCUUGGAAGAACUAUUUGGGGGCAAUUUUCAGUGCCAAGAACCAUAAGGUUCUUCAAAGAACUUUAAGGAUCUUAGAAGAACCCUUGUUGAACCCCUAAUUUUUAGAGUGUAGUGCAUUGUGGAACACACCUUCCACGUUGUUCAUUAUAUUCCAUAGGAUGCAUAGCCCCACAUUGAUCAUCCCUUACUACGGGCGGCAGGUAGCUUAGUGGUUAAGAGCGUUGUGCCAGUAACCGAAAGGUCGCUGGUUCUAAUCCCCGAGCCAACUAGGUGAAAAAUCUGUCGAUGUGCCCUUGAGCAAGGCACUUAACCCUAAUUGCUCCUGUAAGUCGCUCUGGAUAAGAGCGUCUGCUAAAUGACUAAAAUGUAAAUGUAAAUUACCAUGGCAUUGUUGAAUUCUCGUUUCUGAUUGGCUUGAAGGGAAUUCUAGAGUAUGUGUUAUUUCAGCAUAGUACAAUUCAAUGGCUGUAGUUCAUUCUUACAUGUUCUAUGUUUUAACCACUUUUGCAAGCAAAAGUAGAAUUGAAAACAUUAUUGGCAUUGUUGAAUUAGAUUUUCAUAAUAGCAAGCUAGAACUGAUGAUUUGGUUAGCUAAACUAGCAAAUCUGUUUGUUGGUUACCAAGGCAACUACUGUAGCUAUCUAGUCAACUUGCUACCUAUUUCAGUGGAUGUUGAACACAUUUCUAACUGUAAAUGAACAAAUUUCUAGCGGCAAAUGUGUUAAAUUAUAGCCAUUGUAUAAAAAGGAUAAUCAACUCAUUGCUCUUUGCAUUCUCUGGAAAAUAAUGCAACUCCGUGGAAGGUCAGUUCCACAUCAUACUUUAUUUUCCAUAGAACGCAUAGCCCCUCGUUGAUUAUCCCUUACAUAGUGAGUCUGUACAUGUGUGUUACUUUCAUUUGUAGAGAGAAGGGUAGUGGUUGAGGGAAGUGCACUGAGCAGUAGAUAAGAGAAGUACACUGAGGUUAUUGCACUUAGCAGUAGUUGAGUGAAGUGCACACAGCAGGGAGGUGUAUUAAGAAGUGAUGACUGACAGGAAGUACACUAGGCAUUGGUGUAGUCCUGGCUGUGAGUCAGCGGGUCUGUUCUGAGAUCGUCUCGCACCGCUGCGUUCUCUCUCAGUAUGGUACAGUACCCCUCGCUGUGAAACAGCAGCCCAAAUCUCAGCCUCUACCCCUAAUCUGCUGUCAGCUCAUCUAGGCUCAGCUCAGUUUGGCUCAGGUCAGCUUGGCUCAGCUCGGCCCGGUAUAGCUGUGUUGUGUAGUUCUGACUGGGAGGAGGAUGGUCAAGGCAUCAGAGAUGUGAGAUGCAGAGGACUAUACGACUAGCUCGGGUUUUAAUCUACUCAUCGUGUCUUUCACACAAAUAAUGCUAUGAGUAACCAUGAAAGACCUUGAUAAACAUGAUGAAUCUUUCUCUCCCUCCCUCCCUAUUUCUUUCUUUCUCUCUCUCUCUCUCUCUGUCUCUCUCGCUCUGUCUCGCUCUGUCUCUCUCUGUCUCUGUCUCUCUCGCUCUGUCUCGUCUCUUCUCGUCUCUGUCUAUGUCUCUCUGUCUCUCUCUCUCUAUCUCUGGUCUCUGUCUAUCGUCUCUCUCUUGUCUCUUCUCUUCUCGUCCUAGUCUCUUUUUGUCUCUUCUGUUCUCUCUCUCUCUCUUGUCUCUUCUCUCUGUCUCUCGCUCUCUCGUCUCUCUCUCUCUCUACUCUCUGUCUCCUCUCUCGUCUCUCUCUGGUCUCUUCUUCUCUCUGUCUCUCUUCUCUCUCUGUCUCUCUCUGUCUCUUCUCUUUCUCUCUCUCUCUCUCUCUCUGUCUCUCUUCUCCUCUCUCUGCUCUCUCUCUUCUCUCUCUCUCUCUCUGUCUCUCUCUCUCUCUCUCUCUCUCUCUCUCUCUCUCUUCUCUCGUCUCUCUCGUCUCUCUCUUCUGUCUCUCGUUCUCUUCUCUGUCUCUCUCUCUCUCUUGUCUCUCUCUCUGUCUCUCUCUGUCUCUCUCUCUCUCUCUCGUCUCUCUGUCUCUGUCUCUGUCUCUGUCUCUGUCUCUCUCUCUCUCUCUCUCUCUCUGUCUCUCUCUCUGUCUCUGUCUCUGUCUCUGUCUUUCUCUCCCAUUCCUUCACUCCCUCCCACCAGGCCCUGUUGACGGCGGUGACCUCCCAGCACAUAGAGAUCCACGAGGGCACGGUGCUACAGGCGGUCAGGACCUGCUACAACAUCUACCUAGCCAGCAAGAACCUCAUCAACCAGACCACGGCCAAGGCCACGCUCACUCAGAUGCUCAACGUCAUCUUCGCCCGCAUGGAGAACCAGGCAGUAAGUCCCUCUGAGACACGCCAACAUCCCAAUGUCCACACUAGCAUAGCACUUAGAAUGCAGUUAGAAUGCAUGAUGCCCAAUACAUGGCUUUGUGGUUUCGUUUUAAGCGGUGUGCUAGUGUGGAUAUUGAAACAGAGCUACAGACAGAUAGAGAUACUGUACUGAGGGGAGAAGGGAAGAGACACAGACACGCAUAGAGGGAAAGAGAAGCUAACUCUUUAUUUGAGCAUGACAUAGCAGUUGAAUAAGGAGUCGUAAGGGUUUAUGUGCCAGGUGACCUAAAACUGUAAUGUCACAGGCCACAGCUAGGCUAAACAUGGCUAGCUUGACAGCUACCUAACCAAUCUAAGUCGCUAUAACUUGACUGACUACGGAUAACGUCCGUCAUGCUGAUGACAGUGUACAAUAGACUUUCUGACCAGAGGUCCAAGUAAGGUGUUGCUCUAAUAUCAUAUUUUUCUUUUCGAUUGACACUUCUUUCCCCCCCUCACCUCCCCCCUGGACACGUAGCUUACAAAUCACAAGAUAUCUUGGUCUCUGGCCUCAAGAAAACGUGACCGCCAGGUAAAGCCAACAGGACUGCCUUGACUUGCCUGAUCUAAACUCUGAACUCUCUGUGUUCUCAUUUGGCUCCAUCCAUCAGUCCAUCCAUCCAUCUCUCUUUCUCCUCCUCUGUUCCAGCUAUGGGGCAGACUUGCAUUGUGGUUACGCUGUGCUUGCUGUGGCUUCAGUUCAGUUGCCUGUGAAUUAUUAUCUUUUCUUCAGCACCGAUUUGCAUUCAUAAAAUGCAUUCACUCGUCUUUGUAGUAGUGUGUGUGUGUGUGUGUGUGUGUGUGUGUGUGUGUGUGUGUGCAUGUGAGUGUUCAUACCAGUCGACAGAGCCAUUCAAAUGUUUUUCUGUUUGCAUUGUGUGUGUUUGGGCUUACACUUUUGAUUGAAAAUACACACACACACACACACACACACACACACACACAUUUCCCAUCUUCUCAAGUGAUAUGGCUGUGUGUGUAUUCUCAUUAGCUGGCAGAAUCUCAUCUCGCUGCGUUUGUCUGGGAUUGUUACCAUCGGAGUAAUUCCUUUUUAAAUAGAGGGCCAUAUCAUUGAAUUUGAGAGUUGUUAGAAUUGAAUGGUAAAUGUAAUGCCAUCACUUAUAGUAGAGCGAGAGCAGUAGCGUUGACACAAUGGCUUUUAGAGCAAGACAGUUUGAGAGCAGCAUUUUCGGUAAACAAAUGGAGAGGCACCUCCAUUUCUGUGUGUCACUGUGUGUGUGCGUGCGCGCGUGUGUGUGUGUGCGUGCGUGUGUGUGCGUGCGUGCGUAUAACGUGUGUCAUGUCUAGCUGCCACAGAGAUAAUGGUGCUACAUGACUCUGCCACGUCUGAUAGGAGGACAGUGAGCUGCAUACUAAACACAUCUGGCUGGAUUUGUCAUUGCCAGCACAACCUCUAUACCAAUGUCCUCUCUUUAUUUAACCUUUAUUUAGCCACGAAAGUGGUUGAGAACAAAUUCUGUUACAUUUACAAUCUGAUAAUUAGCCAUGUUUUAUGUUGUGUGUAUAGGAAUAGGGGAAAAUGGCUAUAGGCUGGUGUUAGAGAAGGUGUGUCAUUCACAAUCAUAUUGGUAGUUGUGUGAAAGUGUCACACUGUAUUUGCUUCCGUUCCUAACCUGUGUCUUUCCUCUGAAUCAUCGUGUGGCUCAGUUUUUCAGUUCUUUUAACAUUAUUGUUAUAGUACACCUACACAUGCAGCCAGAUACUGUGUAGUGGGCUGCUGCAGCUUGGCUGUUUUCCGUUGUAUACUGUAACAAAUGUUUAGGAUGUGUAUAUUUAUAGGUUCAUAUGCGCAUAUUAAAAUAAAAACAUCUUGAGGUUACUUUGGAGCUGUGGAGGAAUCAUAUGAAGACAUAAUUCAUAAUUCAGACAACUCAGUCUCUAGAUGCAAUUCAACAUCUCCACAUUUGAAGUUGUGGCAUACACAUCAACAUCAGUGGCACAUCAACCAGGAGAACAUGCAAUAUUUUAGACCAGAAAUACUCUGCCUCCUUCUCUGCACUGAAAUAGCCCAGUUUAUAUAAGCAUGUGAGAUGCUCUGCCUCAUACUUGUUUUGACAGCAUGUCAUUCAUAAACACAUUUUAGACAGUCCUGAUGUUAAAAGAGCUAUGCAGAAUCUGUGUUCUGCUCUCUCUGCCUGGAAAGCUGUGAUUCCAAAGCUGCCGUGUGUUGCUUCCUGAUCUGACAUCGGGAAGUGUUGCGGCUUGGCAUUGGGGUGGAAACCCCUUAGGGAAUCUUUGAGAGGGAAUUGAUAUAAUGAGUUUGUGUACAUUGUGUUAACACAUUUCUGUGUGUGUGUGUAUUUGUGUGUGCGUGUGUGUGUGCGCGUGCGUGUGUGUGUGUGUGUGUGCAUUUGGCUUUGUCUGUGUGUGUUUGGUUGUAUGUGGCUACACUGGGUUGGACUGGGUCUGGCUCUUUGGAUGUGUGUCUGUGUCUGCCCGUCUGUCCCCCUCCUCCCCUCUAACCCCUCCCUAGCUCCAGGAGGCCAAGCAGAUGGAGAGGGAGAGGCCCCGGCAGCACUCCCCAGUCACCCAGCAACAGGAACAGGAACCGGACUCACCCCAGCUCCAGCAGCACACCUACCCCCCAGCCAAGGGCGUUCCUCGGGAGGCCAACGGCCCCACCACCCCCUCUACACCCACACCCACCUCCACCCCCACCACUCCUACCCCAAUCCUGGCCCCUCAGGGCAGAACAGCUGGGCCCGGGGAUCCCCAGAAGGGCCAGGGGGCCACGGAGGAGGAGCAGGGGAUGGUGUAUGAGAGCCCGGACCCAGAUAACGGCUCUGAGUUCAGCACAACAGAGAACCAUCAGACAGAGGCAGCCGCAGCACAGAGUGAGUCUCACCUUAGAGCGAGCAGACAGACAGGGACACACUGUGUCACACACACUCAGACUAACAAAUAUAGGCACUCAUGUUCAAGGUCAUACAGACAGACCUUCACUGUCGCUCAAUACCUUGCAGUAUGUUUGAGGAUAGACAUUUCCAGGGGUAUAGUGCUAGACUAGUAUCUGUGGUGCUUUAGACAGUAACAAAGCCUCAACCUGGACAUGUUUGUGUACUCAAUAUUGGUAGAACUCUGGGACAAAAUAUUUUGUCUGUGUUAAAUAAGCAUUUGAUGAGAUGGCUUUCUCUUUAGGCAGUAAUGCACUAGUUUACAGAAAACCAUUUCUGACAGCCCAUAAGUGCUUUCAUUAGUGACUGAAUGAGAGAAGGGAUUGAAAAGAGAUUGAGAGGUUGGCACCAAGAGUGAGAAGAGAUGCAUCCAAAUAUUCAAUAAUCAUUUUGUUAGCAAAUUACUCAAUGCUUUCAACACGAACACACACACACACACACACACACACACAUGCACAAUUUAUUCAGUGAAGAUGUGAUAGCUGUUACCAGUGACUACUGUUUAUCUUGUCAACAUUGACAGUUACAGUAUCAAAGGCUAAUGCUCAGCCUCACUCAGAGAAAACACUUUCUUUACUGUUUCCCAUCUUAACAUUUAAAGUGUAUUGAGGUUCUUUUAAAUGGAUUUUGACAAAGUUUUACUUGUGUUGUGUUCAAGGUGCCGCUCAGCGUGACCAAGAGACAGCAGUAGAGGAGGAGGAGCCUAACUAUGAGGAGAAAGCCCAGGAGAUCGUCCAGAGCAUCCUACAGGAAGUCGUCAACACCAUCGUUGGAGGUAACUCUAUGGAUCUGAAAUCAGAUUUGUGUCUGCGGUCAGUUAAGUCAACAAUGGAGUUUUACCGGUACAUGGAAUUCUGAUACAAAAUAAUUUUAGAAUGAGAAUUUGCUUAAGUCUGGAGAUAGUUUAGGUGUUACUGUGUGUUUACUUGUUUGCCCUAACUAGAAAGAGAGAGAGUUGUGUGUCUCAGUGCUAUUUUGACCCUUUGCAUACUAAACCACUCCAAAGGGCACUGCCUGAACCCUGCCCAUCUGUGUUCAGAUGCCAAGGAGCCCGCUGGCGAGACUGAGCAGCCCACAGAGAUCACGGAACCCGCUGAGAUCAUCACCAAGGUAACGGAGGUCACAGAGGUGGCAGAAGAUGAGGGGGCGCUGGGCAGCGACAGCGAGAACGUCCAUGCCAACGGAAUCCCCGGCACUCCCAUCUCUGCCAGCUUCACCCCGUCGCUGCCCGACGACAGGCUGUCUGUCUGCUCCAAUGAUACACAGGUGAGAGGGAUUGACCUGACUGUAACCAUGGCAACACACUUCGCUCUACAAAGUGGGUUUGUGCUAGCCUGGGUGUCUGUUUCUGUUUCAACAGAAAAAUACAACGGUUUAAAUACCCAGUCCGAUAACUUUUAUAUAUGUUUAUCCGUUUGUAAAAAGGAAAAUGGAAGUAAUUGGUAACAUGAGGAAUUAAAGAGGUGAGGGCUAUUCAAUCCCUCUGCUACUGCAGUCAUAAAGGAAAAGAUAAAGGCGGAUACCUCGUCAGUUGACCAACUGAAUGCAUUCAACUGAAGUGUGUCUUCCGCAUUUAACCCAACCCCUCUGAAUCAGAGUGUCUGUCUUCUAGUCUGCUGGGGUUGAUUCCUACAUGAUUCAUAGAUUAUCUCCUCUCAGUUCCUCAGGUUAUUAUAGCUAAGGUUGAGCACUGUAAUUAUCUACACUCUUUGAAAAAUGUGGCUAUCUAGAACCUAAAAGGGUUCUUCGGCUGUCCCCAUAGGAGAACCCUUUGAAGAACAGUUUUUGGUUCCAGGUAGAACCCUUUUGUUUCCAGGUAGAACCCUUUUGGGUUCAUUGUAGAACUCUUUCCACAGAGGGUUCUACAUGGAACUCAAAAGGGUUCUACCUGGAACCAAAAAGGGUUCUAUCUGGAACCAAAAAGGGUUCUCCUAUGGGGUCAGCCGAAGAACCCUUUUGGAACCCUUUUUCUAAGAGUGUACAAUUACAGGUUGAACAGAUACAUUAAUAGGAAUAAUUUAUUUCACACUCUUUUUGUCAAGUGGGGAAAUCAUUUUAGAGGAUAAUUGACUCUUGAUAAUGGACUUUCGAUGAAAGGUUUUUGAUGUAGACCAUCUGUUUGUGUUUCUGCGUUAGGAGUCGGGGGCGACCACAGGCCCAGUACCAGGUGCUAAGUUCUCCCAUAUUCUCCAGAAGGAUGCCUUCCUAGUGUUUAGAUCUCUCUGCAAGCUGUCCAUGAAGCCUCUGUCAGAUGGUCCCCCAGACCCAAAGUAAGUUGAGUUCUUGUAUCGGGACACUUAUUAUGGCUUUGUUUUAGAGAAUUGAAUAGAGGAACAGUAGCUAUAUUACCCUAGUAAGUAGGCUAUUACAGGUUUAUUUAUGGAGUGUGUUCCUUAGUUGAAUCAUGUCUUGUGGAGGGUAGCCUAGUUAUUAGUGGGAGUGUUGUGAUAGUUGGUUGGCGUGUGUGUUUGGAUGAAGCAUCACUCAGCUGAUGAUUGGUUCUGGAUCACUUCCUGUGCUCCCUGUUUUUUCUCCCUGUAUGGAACAGGAAAUGACAAGGGAAAAAAUAUCUAAUUAGAUUUUGCCUUGAUCCAAUACGAGGGAGAUUACAUUUUGGUGUUCUUCUGUAUGCAUUUUCCAGCCCGUUACAGCCAAAGAGGCAUCUGAUUUGCUGGAUCUGAUAGCAGUUUUUACAUAACAGGAUUUCCUCAAUCUGGUUUCUGUAUGGUAACUCAAUUCUGACUGGCUGUCUCCCGUCUCCAUCAUUCUCCCAAUGGCCCAUGUGGCCUAACACUCUAUCCGCAUUGGCUAGUGAGAGUACUGGCCCAGUGUUCCUGUAGUGUUGUCAGGAUUCUAAGAACACAAGAGAGAUGUUCCGUCUUCUAGACAAUGGUGGAAUGGAACCCUGUUUAUCACAGGCCUUUGUCAGGGGUGACAGGGAGGAAGGCGGUGCCACCAGAGGAAGGGCUGUGUGCAGUUUCUGUAAGACAGAAAGCCUUUUCACCCACAGAGAGAUUUACUCCAUGACUGGCCCUGGUGAUACCCGGACGACACACAGGAAACCUGCUUUAUCUGGAUAUCAGCUGUAUAACUUACAACCGAUGCUUUGAACAAGUAUUUUUAGGGAUUACAAAGGCUAAAUCAGUAUUGAAUCCUGCUGUUGUAAUUCGUUAAUAAAGAAUUCAAGUUUGGUGUAUUAGCUUGUUUUUUUGUUACCUAAAUUAGCUUUAAGGAAGCACACAUGGACAAUCCUCAACAGUCAAAUGGUUUCAUUUUCAUGGCAUGCUCAGUUCAACCCACUGACUAUGAACACCACACACACACAUAUGAUUUAUGUUUUGCAUAUAUAAAUACAUUUCAAACAUUCAAAACAUGCCCUCUGUAAUUUGUCUUGUUGUUCAUGGCUCAGGUAUGUUUUGUUCCAUUUGAUUUUCUAUGGUUCAAAUUGUUGAUUUGUUAUUGUACUGAAAAUGUACCCUGCCUACCUUCUCCGGGCCAAGCUGAAAUGAUAAAGUUGUGUAAGGUUUCCCCUGCGCUGCAUGUGCCUGAGAGAAUCAGGAGAUACAGUGCAUUCGGAAAGUAUUCAGACCCCUUGAUUUUUUCCACAUUGUUACGUUACAGCCUUAUUCUAAAAUGUAUUAAAUAAAUAAAAAUCCUCAUCAAUCUACACACAACACCCCAUAAUGACAAAGCAAAAACAGGUUCUUAGAAAUGUUAGAAUAAGGCUGUAAAUAAGGUAUUUUUUGUUUCUAUUUUUAAUACAUUUGAAAACAUUUCUAAAAACCUGUUUUCGCUUUGUCAUUACGGGGUAUUGUGUGUAGAUUGAUGAGGAUUUUUAUUUAUUUAAUACAUUUUAGAAUAAGGCUGUAACGUAACAAUGUGGAAAAAAUCAAGGGGUCUGAAUACUUUCCGAAUGCACUGUAUUUCUGUAUGCUACAUUAAUAUGUCUGUCUGUGGAGGAGGGCUGGGGAACAUUUACAGAUAGGAAGCCAGUCACUGCAAAUAAGACGACAACAAAAUACAUAUUUUGGGUUCCUACUUCUCCAUCAUACAGCUGUUCAGAAAUACGGGUUGGACUAAUUGAAGGGGGAAAUGGACAAUAUAAUUAUAUAACUAUAAUGAUCUAUUAAGGAAAUAUGCCCUCUCUACACUGUAACAUAUGGUGUUUGUAUGAAAUGUGCAGAUCUAUUCUUUAAAAUAUUAUUGGAAAAAGAAAAGGAGCUCUAGCACAUCUAGCUAGGUCAGGCUCUUAGUAUAGAGAAGGACAUUAGGUGGACAUCCCCAGAUCCCCUGACUGCCACCAAACCAUUAGUAUCCUCAGUCAGUUGUGGGUCAACCAGGAAGUGGUGCUAAUAACUUAUGAAUCAGAUGGUGUCUCACAGUGCACCUGUUAUUGAUGCAUCUCUGUCAGGGGAGGGCUGGCCAUCUGGCAUUUCGGCCUAAUGGGCCUGUAUAACUUGUUUUUUUUUUGUUGCACAAAAUGAUAAUUAUCUGGCUAGUAAUGGAAUCCUCAAGGGGAAAAAUGGGCCGGUGUAGGGGCCUCAAGGAAGAAAAUGGGCCGGUGUGUUAGAAAUGCCUGGGCCAUUUUUGGUCCCAGUCCACCCCUGAUCUCUGUCUUCCUCCCCCCAUAAUGAAUACAUUAUCAGGAGACACUUUAUGUGCAUAUUAAGCUGAUUGAUGGCAUAUGGUAUAAAUCAAGGUAACGUUCAGCAGGCACAACGUUUUGGAACGUUCAGAUAUAAAUAUGCUGGAACAAACAUGCAUCUCUGACAUGUAGAAUAAGGAGUCAUGUGGGCUCUAUUCAUGGCAUUUCUAUCUGCAAUGUUCGAGAUUGGCUACUGAACAUAUAAAGAAUACUUAGUCCUGUUGCACUUGAAUGUUAGAAGUCUGAAUCAAUGCCUCUUUCUGUCUCCUGCCAGGUCCCACGAACUGCGCUCCAAAGUGUUAUCCCUCCAGCUGCUCCUAUCCAUCCUGCAGAACGCUGGGCCCAUCUUCAAGACCAAUGAGAUGUUCAUCAAUGCCAUCAAGCAGUACCUGUGUGUGGCACUGUCCAAAAACGGUGUCUCCUCCAUCCCAAAGGUCUUCGAGCUCUCGCUCUCCAUCUUCCUCACCCUCCUCUCCCACUUCAAAACCCACCUCAAGAUGCAGAUCGAGGUAGCUACCUACAUUUUGGUUGUUCCUCUUUCGCAAAAGAUUAAGCUGCUGAUUUUGUUUUUUUGUUCCAGAAAGUGGACUGUGCAAACCGAGCUACCUGACCAGCUAUUAGUCUCUCUGACCAGCUAUUAGUCUCUCUGAGCAGCUAUUAGUCUCUCUGACCAGCUAUUAGUCUCUCUGACCAGCUAUUAGUCUCUCUGACCAGCUAUUAGUCUCUCUGACCAGCUAUUAGUCCAAAUAGUAUUUCCUUUCCUCCCCAAAGUCACGUAAACCUCAUAUUCCUCCUCAUAUUCCUCCUCAUAUUCCUCCUCAUAUUCCACCUCAUAUUCCUCCUCAUAUUCCUCCUCAUAUUCCACCUCAUAUUCCCCUGUGUAGCUCAGUUGGUAGAGCAUGGCGCUUGCAACGCCAGGGUUGUGGGUUCGUUUCCCACGGGGGGCCAGUAUGUAUGCACUCACUAACUGUGAGUCGCUUUGGAUAAGAGCGUCUGCUAAAUGACUAAAAUGUAAAUAUAAUAUUCCUCCUCAUAUUCCUCCUUUCUUGUCCUACUUGAAAACCAAUCAACAUGCAGGUCGAGACACUGGUCUGUUCUGUCGCUGAAUAGCUGUCCUAUCCCCAUAUGCCAAUCGCUCCUGUUCCCUCUCCCAAUGUUGUAAACCUCUCAUCUCUCAAUACAGCAGGCACCUGACACAGGUGAUUCAUGGGAGAUUACGUUUAUCACAGGGCACAGUAAUGUAGUUCUGUCUCAGUGUGAUUGAGUUUCAGUAUUACCUGUUAGCUGUUGCUUCUGAUUUGUAGUCCACUUCCACAGUGGUCUGGUUGUAAUAUUUCCUCAGGCUGAAGUUGAUGACUUAAUCUGCCCGUGACUGUUUGUGGCCAUGAAGGAAAUAAUAGUAUUUUCUGGAGACAGAUGUUGGUUGAGAUGUUCUGAUUUCAUAGUUCAGCGGUCAGCCUGCAGUGAGAUGUAUGUGUUUAUGGCUUUGUUACAGUGGGUCAUUCUGUUUAUGAAGAUUCAUUCAGCUUUUCUCAUCUCAACCUCUUUGUUUGCCUCAACUUUAACUGUCACGGUUUGUUUCGCUGCGCAGGUGUUCUUCAAGGAGAUUUUCCUGUACAUUCUGGAGACAUCCACAAGCUCCUACGACCAUAAAUGGAUGGUCAUACAGACCCUCACCAGAAUAUGUGCAGGCGAGUGUGUGGUGUCAAUUUGAAAUGUUAUCUGCGGUACAGCGCAUCAACGUCAAUUACAAGUCAAGUACCAACUGUCCCUCAUCUCUCCUCCCUCAGAUGCCCAGGGUGUGGUGGAUAUCUAUGUGAAUUAUGAUUGUGACUUGAAUGCUGCUAAUAUCUUUGAGAGGCUGGUGAAUGACCUCUCAAAGAUUGCACAGGGCCGGGCAGGCCACGAGCUCGGCACAACACCACUCCAGGUAAGACUGACCAAUGACUAUACAAAAGUGUAUUUCUUUGUUUAUUUGCUCUAAAGUUGAUGUAACAUUUCUCUGUUCCCACCAGGAGUUGACCCUGAGGAAGAAAGGCCUGGAGUGUCUGGUGUCCAUCCUGAAGUGUAUGGUAGAGUGGAGUAAGGACCAGUAUGUCAACCCCAACUCCCAGACCAGCCUUGGUAAGAGACUGACCAAACUACAGUUACCCUGAGGCUGAUGGGGACUGGUGUACCACUGGGUUUGAUUUAGAUCCUGAGGAAAAUGGUUUAGCCAUUCUUCAAGUACACCGUUCUGCCUGCUCCUUUGUGGUUACCAGAAUGAUGAAAGGGUUUAGAUGCACAGUUGGAGUCCAGCACUCCAGUACAUGUAUAUUUGAGUGUAUUUGAUAUAUUCCACUUACAUCUCUCUGGCAUCCCACAUCCUACAGCUUCAGUUCUCCAUAUCAGCAAUGGUGGAACCCUAGAGUGUGUAUUUACCAUAUUUAUAGUGGCAGAUGCAUGGGGGCAUAUUGUGCAUAUCUACCUUUUCCUGUAGAAUGGUAAAACUAUGAGCAUAGGGGAGACGGCCAAGCUAUGCCAAGGCUUUACUAUCAGUCAAACCUGCCUGAGGCUGCCGUUCAUCACUGGGGUUAACUGGGGUUAGAUGGAAGAGUGGUAUUCAUCAAUACAGCUAUAGCAUAUUCCCUGAGACAGAAGACUAACGAUUAGCAUUCAACAGUAGCCUACAGAUUGUACAGACCCUGAGAGGGAAGGUUAAUUCAAUACUGUACCCUGAGAGAGAAGGCUAGCGUUCAUCAUUACGGCUAGCACAGACCCUGAGAAAGAGAGCGAUGGCUAGCAUCCAUCAGUGUGGCUAGCCCAGUCAGACCCUGACAGGACAUGCUCUCCCUCAGCAGCACUGAAAGGCUAAUAUAAUAAGGGCAGGCUAAUACACCAGGGCAGGGCAGGCUAACUCAAUACCCUGAACCGGUUGAUGAUGAAACGCCCUGGUGCGACAGACGGACAAGACCCUCUGUCAGUGCUCCUGGAUAAGACCCUUGGCUUGCUUCAGAAUGAGCUGAGGGGAAUCAUUCCUUUUAGAUCCUUUAACCAAGUAGGAAAGGAGGGCUCUAACGAAGGGAGGGAAAGAGGGCUUUAACGAAGGCAGGGAAGGAGGCAGGGAAGUAGAGGCUCUGAGAGGAGUGCCAGAUAUCCCUACAUAUCCCCCUAGAGAGGAUCCACAAGGCUAGCCUCAGGCUACCUUCUGGCACUCAGAGAGCUAAUUCUACCAAGGCACGGAAGGCAGCUGAACCCAUAAACAGCGCUACUGCUACAGGGGCUAGGGUUAGUCACCAUGCCAAAGUACAGCCAACUCAUUUAGUGACCAUGCUGAAGUAGACAGUAUGACUCGGUAUUGGCUGCUGUGACUAGUCUCCUACGCUUUUAGGUUACUUCAAACAAAGGAUGUUUUUCUGAGUCAGUGAAAGUGCAUCCUAAUUAUGCAAUUUUCCAUGUAGAUACUGUAGCUCAGCUAAUGCAUUGUGUUUCUGAAAACAUGUUUUUACAUAAUUACAUAGAUAAUACCUCUCCACUCUCCACUUUCUCUUAAUUACGGUCUUUCCCUCUUUGUUCUCUGGUUGGCUGACUUCACAGGAAGAGCAGGUAAUGGUAGAAAGAUGUUGAGUGUUUGGUAGACUAGAGGGUGGAGGGGGCUACGGUGGCUGUGAGUAGUACUGUGUGUUAUUUACACGCCUUAUCUACCUUUUAUUUGCAUAAUCUCAUGUUACUUGCCUUCGAAUGCUGUAGAUUCUGGAUAGAUUUUGAGUUUUUAAAGCCAGCUCUGUGUACAAUAUUUGAAGAAGCUACAGUUGGUUAUACUGUACGUUGUGAUUAGAACUAGUAAACGUUAAAGAGAGCUUUGCUACCCUGGCUGUGCCACCCUCCUCCCUCUAUCCUGGCUGUGCCACCCUCCUCCCUCUACCCUGUGCUCUGCUCUAUGAAGCUGUUGAGUGGAGGAAGCACACUGCCAGCUCACAUUACCCUGGUGUCCUGAAUGUUUUAGAGAGUUUCCGAUGGGUAAUAAGAUCCCUUACCAACGUCCAAUGUCUCUUACAGCCAGACAACCACCAUGGACCUGAUUCACCCACAGAACAGUAGCAUCAGACCUGCCUACUCUGUCCUGUCCCCUCAGGCUACACACAACACUACCUCCAUGUUACAGUUACUGCACACUGCCUUAUCUGCAGCCUACCUGGUUUAUUAGAUAACUGACCUUUUUUAUUGUCUGUAAUGUGUGUGUGUGUGUGUGUGUGUGUGUGUGUGUGUGUGUGUGUGUGUGUGUGUGUGUGUGUGUGUGUGUGUCUGUGUGUGUGUGUGUGUGUGUGUACAGAUGUAGGCUCUUAAAUUGACCACCCUGUUGCAGGAGAACUUUGCAGGAAAUGUCAAACUUGUAGUGUAUUUGAGGUUUUAAAAGGCUUCUGAAGUUUGUAAUUUCCACUUUCAGACUUCAUUUUCCCUUACGAAAAAUGUAUCAAUCCCUACAAAAAUGUCCAUUAAUUUUAAUCCACAAAUUAAUUCCCAUUUCCUGUUGCUGCAUGAUUAUUUUCCUGCUGUAGCAAACUGGCUCAAAUUAAGAUCCUACGUGUGUGUGUACACAGCAGACAAUAUACCACCAGACAAGGCCUCAGGUUCAUCAUGUUGUCUUUCUCUCAGCAGUGCAGACUCCCUCCCACUAUUACUGAAGUCCCCAGAGACCUGGAUCUAGAAACUCUAGGCUGAACACCCCUACUGGCUAAAAACAAGAUUAGAUAUAUGUUUCGAUUGAAAACGUUCAGUGUUGCCUUGCCUGGCUGUGCUGGAUUGCUGUUUGCGUUGGAGUCCUAACACCAACUACAGUUUUUGCUCAUCUCUCUCAGACCAUUGAUUGUUCAAUGUUCUUCUCCAUCCCCAGGUCAGGAGAAACCCUCGGAGCAGGAGACCAAUGAGACGAAGGCCCCAGAGACCAUCAACCGCUACGGAAGCAUCAACUCCCUGGACUCCACGGCCUCGUCGGGCAUCGGGAGCUACAGCACACAGAUGUCAGGGACAGACAACCCUGAGCAGUUUGAGGUUCUCAAACAACAGAAGGAGAUCAUCGAGCAGGGCAUCGACCUGUAAGCCAGACUAGUGCAGCUUAUACUGUAUACCUGAAUAUAUUCACCUUAUCCUUUUGGGACAGCUAAUAAUUCACCUUACUUACAACCUGAAUAUAUUCACCUUAUCCUGUAUGACAGCUUAAUAUAUUCACCUUAACCUGUACAGACAGCUGAAUAUAUUCACCUUAUCUUGUAUACACAGCUGAAUAUAUUCACCUUAUCCUGUAUACACAGCUGAAUAUAUUCACCUUAUCCUGUAUAGACAGCUUAAUAUAUUCACCUUAACCUGUACAGACAGCUGAAUAUCACCUAUCCUAGCCUAAUAUUCCCUUACUGUACAACAGCUGAAAAUAUUCACCUUAUCUUGUACACACAGCUGAAUAUAUUCACCUUGUCCUGUAUAGACAGCUGAAUAUAUUCACCUUAUCCUGUAUGGACAGCUUAAUAUACAUUUACAUUUACAUUUUAGUCAUUUAGCAGACACUCUUAUCCAGAGCGACUUACAGUUAGUGAGUGCAUACAUUUUCAUACUGACCCCCCGUGGGAAUCGAACCCACAACCCUGGCGUUGCAAGCGCCAUGCUCUUCACCUUAUUCUGUAUAGACAGCUGAAUAUAUUCACCUUAUCCUCUAUAGACACCUGAAUAUUUUCACCCUAUCCUGUAUGGACAGCUUAAUAUAUUCACCUUAUCCUGUAUAGACAGCUUAAUAUAUUCACCUUAUCCUGUAUGGACAGCUUAAUAUAUUCACCUUAUCCUGUACAGACAGCUGAAUAUAUUCACCUUAUCCUGUACAGACAGCUGAAUAUAUUCACCUUAUCCUGUAUAGACAGCUGAAUAUAUUCACCUUAUCCUGUAUACACAGCUGAAUAUAUUCACCUUAUCCUGUAUACACAGCUGAAUAUAUUCACCUUAUCCUGUAUAGACAGCUGAAUAUAUUCACCUUAUCCUGUAUAGACAGCUGAAUAUAUUCACCUUAUCCUGUAUAGACUGCUGAAUAUAUUCACCUUAUCCUGUAUAGACAGCUGAAUAUAUUCACCUUAUCCUGUAUAGACCACUGAAUAUAUUCACCUUAUCCUGUAUACACAAGUGAAUAUAUUCACUUUAUCUUGUAUACACAGCUGAAUAUAUUCACCUUAUCCUGUAUAGACAGCUGAAUAUAUUCACACCCAGGGGUGCACAACUCCUUCUAGUGAGGGAAGUUGUCCUGUUUGUUGUCACAGUUUUAAUUUCUCCCUGGCACUUAAUUUAUCAAUUAAUGCCAUUGAUUAAAUUGCCAAUUAUGAAUUAGUAAAUUAGGACAAAAUAUAAAUGAAACACUAUGGCUCUGGAGGGCAACUUCCUUCUCCACCUUAGUAAGCAUAGCACUGUCUCUGUUCUCUGCUCCGUGGUCAGGUUCAACAAAAAACCAAAGAGGGGCGUCCAGUACCUCCAGGAGCAAGGCAUGCUGGGAACCACCCCGGAGGACCUCGCUCAGUUCCUGCACCAGGAGGAGAGGCUGGACUCGGUAAAGAACCUUUUUAAAUCUGUUUACCCAAUCUACUUCAGUUAACUGCAUUUCAUUUGACUUGUGUGGAUCCAAAUACCCACUCUACCUCAUUCAGCUAUGUGCUCUCUGAAACUUUUACCUUUGAACCUGUGCCUUGUGAUUAAGUAGAGUAGAGUGGUUGUUGCGAAUGUAACAGCUAAUAGGGGAUCUGGGUGGUAAAUACACAAAUACCCAUUCUAGCUCAUUAAACUCUAAGUUUACACAGUUAUCUCUCUCAUCCGGCCUCCACACAGCUGCAGGCCCAGAGCAGAACACAUCCAUCACAUAGAAACACCAAGGCACUUAGCUCCUAAUGCUGAACCGCCAGCAUUAUCCUCCCACUCCAAGAUUAUUCCUGCGUCCUCCACCGAGUGCACAUCAAUUAGUAUUUUAACGAGUGAAGCACUCUCCCGAUUGAUUGGCUGGCCUCGAGGGGGGUUCCGUGAGGUGAUAAUCGGCAUUAAAGAGCGUUCAUAACAUCUGCUUUGGAACAAGAGGCCCUCAAACAGCGAGCCAGAGAGACUAGUCUUACAGCGCUGGGAGAGAACAGAGUCCUUUCCUCACAGUUGGCUGUGUCUCUGAAGGAAAGGAGAUGCUUGUUAGGACAAUAUGUGUUAAUUGGCUUCCAAUGAAGAGCACAUGCAUUAUAGUCAAGCAAAUAUAACACUCAAUAUCUAUUGAUUGAACUCAACAUCAUUCUCUCUAUCUCUUCCCCUUCUCUCUCUCUCUCUCUUAUCAUUCUCUCUCUCUCACUUCCUACCUCUCAGACUCAGGUGGGCGAGUUCCUGGGGGACAAUGAUCGCUUCAAUAAAGAGGUCAUGUAUGCCUACGUGGACCAGAUGGACUUCCAAGGCAAGGACUUUGUCUACGCUCUCAGAACGUUCCUCGAGGGCUUCCGUCUCCCGGGAGAGGCUCAGAAGAUCGACAGGCUCAUGGAGAAAUUCGCUGCUAGAUACCUAGAAUGCAACCAGGGGUGAGUGUGGAGUGGUGUGGACUACCCUGGGCAUUGUGGAUUCGUAGACUUAGAAGAAGACUUCAUAUGUGAUAUCAAGCACAUUCAAGGACAUUGAAUGGCAGGAUUCAGAUUGCUCUCUAUUAUGAAUUCAGUGCAUUCACUGAAUAUCUGUAUUGUCUAGCACAAAUGCAUCAAUGCUUUAUUCAGCUCCAUUCUGUUUAUCCUCUUCUCUCUCUUUCUCUCCUUCCUCUCUCCUCUCUCUCUCUCUCUCUCUCUUCAGGCAAACCGAGUUUGCGAGUGCAGACACUGCGUACGUCCUUGCCUACUCAAUCAUUAUGUUGACAACAGACCUUCAUAGUCCGCAGGUAAGACCGCAGCCGGAGCCAGUUUCUGGGAAGAUGAACUGA